CUCCCGAAUCCAAAUUCCGAAAGUAAAGUUUCUCUCUCUAGCAUUAAUUCUUCAUACCCUUCUGUCUCUCUCUCUCUCUCUCUCUAUCCUCCCUCGGCGACUCCGUUAGCUUCGCCUUUCAGAACGGAAACGAUCUCGCAGUCGGAGCAGUCUCCACUUGAGAGUGUGUGUUGAAGGAUCCCGGCGAGAAAACUCACUGGAUUACCUACCGGAGAAGGUGCGAAGGAGUAAUCAAAGUUGAGUGAAAUUAACUGAUUGAACCGGAAACGCUGCAAUGUCGUCUCCUACUGUGGGGGUUUCUCCGGCUCCGUCACCUCCAUCUACCAAUGGUUCUAAUUUGGCACCACCACCUUCGAAUACUUCCUCUCCGGCGCCAACGACUCCGACUCCGAUAGCUCCUGUUGCCUCUGCACCGGCUCCUACUAAGGCUUCACCUCCUACGGCAACAACCUCUCCUCCCUCUUCACCCUCCCCAGUUGCCUCAACUCCACCGCCUCCUUCCACUUCUAGACAUUCCCCUCCUCCGCCCUCAACUACUUCAUCUUCACCUCCGCCUCCCUCCACUGGGAAAAGUCCCUCGACACAUUCCCCGCCACGGCCGUCCUCUUCUUCUUCAUCCAGUUCAUCAUCUUCUGGUGUAUCAACGGGUGUUGUAGUUGGAAUUGCGAUUGGUGGAGUCAUUAUGCUUGUUUUCUUGAGCUUACUAUUAUUCAUCUGUUGUAAGAAGAGAAGGAGGAGGGAUCAUAAUGUGCCCCUGGAUUACUACGGUCCCCCCCCGCCCCCGCCCAGGCCGAAAGAUAGACCUUAUGGUGGGCAGCCUCAACAUUGGCAGCACAAUGCUCCUCCUUCAGGGGACAAUAUUGUCACAAUGCCACCAAAGCCCUCUCCUCCUCCAGCAUAUGCAUCACGACCACCAUAUUCACCAGCUCGUACUCCCACACCCCCACCUCCUCCUCUGGCAUAUGCAUCACGACCGCCACAUUCACCAGCACGUACUCCCACACCCCCACCUCCUCCUCCACCACCAUUUUUGAGCAGCAGUGGAGGGUCAGAGUCCAAUUAUUCAGGAUCUGAGAACCCAAUACCAUCUCCUGGCAUUGCCUUGGGUUUCUCAAAGAGCACAUUCACUUAUGAAGAAUUAGAGAUGGCAACCGAUGGCUUCUCGGAUGCCAACAUGUUAGGACAAGGAGGUUUUGGAUAUGUCCAUAGAGGAGUUCUUCCAAAUGGGAAAGAGGUUGCGAUUAAGUCGCUAAAAGCUGGUAGUGGGCAGGGGGAUCGUGAAUUUCAGGCAGAGGUUGAGAUUAUUAGUCGAGUACACCACAAACAUCUUGUCUCAUUGGUAGGAUAUUGCAUGGCUGGAUCCCAAAGAAUGCUUGUCUAUGAGUUUGUUCCAAACAACACAUUGGAGUUCCACUUACAUGGGAAGGGGCGGCCAGUAAUGGACUGGUCCACUAGACUAAAGAUUGCUCUAGGUGCUGCAAAAGGACUUGCAUAUCUCCAUGAGGAUUGCAGUCCUAAAAUUAUUCAUCGUGAUAUCAAGGCAGCUAAUAUUCUCCUUGAUUUUAAAUUUGAGGCAAAGGUUGCAGAUUUUGGGCUUGCCAAAUUCUCUUCUGAUGCCAAUACUCAUGUCUCUACCCGAGUAAUGGGAACCUUCGGGUAUCUGGCUCCAGAGUAUGCGGCAAGUGGGAAACUCACAGAUAAAUCCGAUGUCUUUUCUUUUGGUGUUAUGUUGCUAGAGUUUAUUACUGGGCAUCGUCCUGUUAGUUCAACCCAUACAUUCGUGGAUGAUAGUUUGGUAGACUGGGCCAGACCUUUACUUACACGAGCCCUAGAAGAUGGCAACUACGACGCCCUUGUUGACCCACGGCUGCAGAAGGAUUACAACCCCACUGAGAUGGCACGCAUGGUUGCCUGUGCAGCUGCUUGUGUGCGUCAUUCUGCAAGGCGGCGGCCACGCAUGAGCCAGAUUGUUCGGGCCUUGGAAGGAGACAUGUCCCUUUCCAAUUUGAAUGAUGGCAUUAGACCUGGACACAGCUCUGCUUAUGGUUCAUAUGGAAGCUCAGAUUAUGACACAAUCCAGUAUAAUGAAGACAUGAAGAAAUUCCAGAAGAUGGCACUUGCAAGUCGGGAAUACGGAAGCAGCGAAUACAGUGGGCCAACCAGUGAGUAUGGUUUGCAUCCAUCUGGGUCGAGUAGUGAGGGACAGCAAACCACGCAAAACACACAAGAGAUGGAGAUGGGAAGGCUGAAGAAAGACAGUCGAGGAUUCAGUGGAAGCUCUUGAAGACUGGUGCCUGUAAAUGGUCUCUCUAUUCAAAUUAUGCCGCCCCACACCCCUAUAUGUUGUCUUUUAACUGUGAGAAUUACAACCAACUGGUGUCGACUGAGGUAUUUCACCAUUAGUUUUUCCUCUUUUCUUUUUAUUUCAGGCUGGUAAAAAUCUCAUAUUAAUUAUUUUAUUUUUUGUAAUUAUUAAUCACACUUUUAGUGGAUUAUAAAAGGAAAAUAGUUCAUCCUUUUUUACUGGGCUCUGCUUCAA